AUGCCCGGCAUUGAAGACAAUAUGGAUGAUGGUAUUGCACUCUUAGGUAAUUCUCGAACUGAUGUAUAUUGUCCAGAGAACAUAAUGGCGGAGACGGUCUCACUUUUGUUUUGUGUACCACUACUCCCUUACUCCGCCAAAGACGCUGUCGAUUUCGGCCGACCGAGAAGCCGUCAGACUUGUAUGCGUGCAUUAGUGAUCCUGAUUCCCAUUCGUCCGUGUCACUUGGAAAGCAAUAUUCCACAACUGAAAGCGGAGGAUCGAGAUCGUAUGCAUGGCAUUCCAGCGCUGCCGAGAUUCGACUUGAGACUCAUGGCUGAUGCUGUAGUUGCGGGUCUGGAUCGUCCACCAAGACCAUGA